AUGUUGAAUUUAGUAAAGGAUGCGACUCUCCCUCGCCAGAAAAGCUUCGUUCUUCUUUCUGCCGAUCCGCAGGCUUACUGCGAAGUGAAGGUUCUCUCCUCGGCUCCGACGAAUCUCAGUCGCAAGACGAAAAUUCACCAACCAUCGCAAAAUCCCCACUUCAACGAGGAUCUAGUCAUUCUUGUUCGUCGAUCAGAUAUCCUCUCAUUCAAAAUUUUCAACUUUCGUAAGACUGGUCAAGACUCGCUAAUUGGGGAAUGCGAGUUCGAUAUUGCCGAGAAGCUGAGUUCGAGCGAUGGAGAAUUCGCGUCGAAAGCCUUUUCCUUGCUCCUGGUAAAUUCGCAUCAAAUCACCAUCGGAAAGCUGAAAAUUAGCCUAACUGGUUUUGAGAAACCACAGAACGCUCAAAACGAAGACCGAGAAGAGUCAGAGACCGAAGAAAUCCGCGAACGCCUAGAAAAUAUCCCUUCUACGUCUUCAACUUCUCCAGGGCCAUCGAACCCCAGCCCGGGUGCAGGUCCUCGACCGACUCCGCGAACAACGAGGGAACGAAAUCAGAACCCACAAUCGCGUUCUCGUGAAAUCAUAAUGAAGAAAGUCGACGACAUGAGCGAUCGUGAGGUUACGUUCCUUCUAAAGCGCCGCGGCGUCGUCCAUCCACCCGCAGAUCCAGAACAAGCGCGAGCAAUGGCUCACGAGCAACGUGGCAUGGAUGCGGAAAAAGCGCGGCAAAUGUCCAUUCGAGAGUUGAAAGAAGCUCUUACUAGCGCAAACAUUGACAUUUCCACUGUUCUUGAGGCCGAAGAAUUGCGGCGAAUCUACUGUCAGAAGCUGGAAAGGGACAAGUUUGACUCUACGAGACCGCGCUCACAAGCGGGAAGCAGCAGUAACCAAGCGUCGGCGAGAGUCCAGGAGCGAGAUCCAACACUUCCGCCAGGCUGGGAGCAGCGUUUUGAUCCGCAAGGUCGACGCUACUACGAGAAUCACAACACACGUACGACUCAAUGGGAACGUCCCAUUGUGCUACCGCCUGGCUGGGAACGCAGGAUCGACAACGGCCGUGUCUACUACGUCGACCACAACACACAGAGAACGAGUUGGAGUCCUCCUCAGACUGACAUCGCUCAAGAUUACAGCAACCGUCUCAACUUGGCGGAUGGAUUGGCUCGAAGACAGUCAAGACCAGUCGAUACCGCGCAAGAUGACACUCUUGGUCCGCUGCCCGAAAAUUGGGAACGAAGAUGGAAAAAUAAUCGUCAUUACUUUAUCAAUCAUAAAACAAAGACAACACAGUGGGAAGAUCCUCGAAUCCAAGGGCGCGUCGGAGAGGCACCUCUUCCUGAUGGCUGGGAUUUGGCGACAACUGAAGAAGGAGUCCGCUAUUUCAUCGACCACAAAAACAAAACUACUACAUUCCAGGAUCCGAGAGAAGGAAGCAGCGAUUCGCAACACUCCAAUGGAAAGAAAUCAUUCAAGUGGAAGUACGGCCAGUUCCGAUAUUUAUGCCAGUCCAAUGCCAUGAACCAGUAUGUAAAAAUCAACGUCCGAAGGCAGCAUGUCUUCGCCGAUUCGUUCCAGGAAAUCAUGAAAAUCCCCGCGCAUGAUCUACGCCGUCGUCUUUACAUUCACUACAAAGGAGAAGAAGGUCUCGAUUAUGGAGGCGUUGCUCGAGAGUGGUUCUUCAUGGUCUCUCGAGAAGUACUCAAUCCGAAUUACGGUCUUUUCAAGUACAUGGCUCAGUCGAAUUAUCAAAUGGAAAUUAAUCCAGCGUCAAAACUGAUUCUUGACGAUCAUCUUCGAUAUUUUCAGAAGAUGCUUCGAAGAACCCUUUGUCUCAGAGACAUCAAAUUAGUUGACGAAGAAUGGGCCCAAACGAUGACUUGGGUGCGCGACAAUAAUUUGGAAGAAUAUCCGGACCUUGAGAUGUGGUUUUCUACAGAUCAAGAGAUCCUCGGCGAGAUCGAGUCCGUAGAUCUCAAAGAAGGUGGCUCAGAAAUUCGUGUGACUGAAGCCAACAAGCUGGAGUACAUACAACUGAUGAUUGACUGGCGGUUCACGCGAGGUGUCAAAGAACAGAGUGACCGGUUUUUGGAAGGCUUCAGUGAAGUUAUUCCCAUUGAGUGGCUGCAGUACUUCGACGAGCGCGAGCUUGAAAUGAUGCUCUGUGGAAUUCACAAGAUCGACAUCGACGACUGGAAGAGAAACUAUCACCUCAAAAACUACACGGCGAGCAGCAAACAAAUCAUCUGGUUUUGGGAAAUUGUUCGCGAGUUCUCUGACGAUGAUCAAGCAAAACUGCUUUCGUUUGUUACUGGAACUUGUCGUCUUCCGCACGGCGGCUUUGAAGAACUUAUUGGAUCAAAUGGACCACAAAAGUUUGUCAUCGAGAAAGUGGGAAAAGACGAUCAGUUGCCGCGAUCUCAUACAUGUUUUAACCGACUUGAUCUACCUCCCUACAAGUCCAAAGCAAUAAUGAAAGAAAAGCUUCUUCUUGCCAUUCGCGAAACAGAAGGCUUCGGCCAGGAAUAA